AUGCGUCACUGGUCCGAGAGGAUGAGCCCCAACUUCGGAAUGGGUCGUCCCAACAUGCCCAUGAACCCCAUGAACCCGAGGAGAGAUACGGCUCCCCAGCAGGCUGCUUCGAUAAGCUCACCUCAACCUCUCGACGCCCCGACACCAAUCAUUCACUACUCGUUCAAUGUGCCCUUUGCCUCCGACCUCGCCGGUCCCAACACCGAGGACAUUCUGCACGCGACUGCCGAUGCCGUUCUACGAUGGACUCAUCCCGAAGACGCGCCCGAUGAUGUCCAGGUCCACGAGUUGCCCGUUCACACCCAGAACCUCGCCAACCUCCGCAAGGUCUGCAAGGACAUCACCAACGGCCCUUUCCAGAUCGAGGCUCAUGUCAUCUCGACGACGCCCAAGAACGCAAAGGGACAGCAGGUCACCACCGUGUGUCUGUCGGGUACUCCGGAAAUGGUCCACAAGAGCAGGGAGACAAUCUUGAACGACAACCAGACUGUCCUGCGCUGUACAACUGUUGACGUGGAGGGCCAUCUCGUCUGUGACUUGACCGCCGGCGCUCUGAAGCAGCAAGUGACGGAUACCCUGGAUUACAUCUCCAAGUACUGCGGGGUCGACAUUUUCCUGCUGGGCCCCAAGCUUACUCCCGUGGUUGACGGCAUGACGGGUGAUGCCGAGAUGCGUGUAGACCAAAGAUGGCGAGUGGCCAUCUAUGGUGAUAUCCUCUCUGUUGAGCAUGCAAAGGCCCGUGUGCUCAUCCAGAUUGACACUCUGCUCGGAAGAGUUGUGGAUGCCACCAAGCUCGACCUGUCGAUUCAUCAGCUCGUAUGCGGCCGCCACCGGAAGAACAUCAAGCUCAUCGAGUCGUCUACCGGCACUGCCAUUUACUUUCCGCCUCCCUUCUCCCAGAUGUACAGAUACUGCCCCCCUGGUGCAAGCCGCCGAGACCCUACGGACAUCUUCAUCACCGGAGAGAGCCCCCAGGCCAUUGAACUUGCUAAGCAGAAGCUUCACGAGACUGUUUCGCGCAUUCGCCUCUACAUGAAGGACGUUACCAUUGCGCCGGCCAAAAUUGACAGUGUGCUUCUGACGCGUCUGGACAAGGUCCGCAAGAUUCUUGAGGCGAACGGCACCUACAUCUUGUUCCCUCCCCUGGCAAGCCAGCGCAACAUGGUUCGAGUUCAAGGCAGUGAAGGACUGCAUGUCGAACGCACGGUUCGCGAGAUUAUGGCCUUGGCCGGACAGUUCUACAGCGCAGCUUGGUGGAUUCAACAGCCCGACAGCCGACAGCUUCCGAACCCCGCUGACGUCAGAACCAUGCUUGGUGAUGUUUGCGCGAACUCUGAUGCAGACCUGUCUUUCGACAAGAUGAACUUCUCCAUCACUGGUUCUGACGACGCCGUCAAAUCUGCUUUGAUGGUUAUGUCCGAGAUCAAGUUCCUCGUCCAGUCGCAGUACCAGAUUCGAGUCAAGAUUGAGCUUGCCAAUGAGCACAAGGAAUUCGUGAGCGGCAAGAAGAAUGGAAAGAUCAACAAGAUUAUGGGGCAAAGCAGCGUCCAGAUCAUCUUCGACGGCUUCAACGAGUAUAACUUCAACAUUGAUGUGAUGGCGGCUAGCUAUGACUCGAUGAAGCAAGGACUCACCCUUGUUGAACAAGAGAUGCCAGCUUCCAUCUCGUUCCAUGUCCCGGAUCAGUACCACAAGCGAAUCAUUGGCAUUGGUGGACAGCACAUCCAGCGGAUCAUGAAGAAGCACUCCGUCUUUGUCAAGUUCUCUAACGCCAUGGACCGUGGAGGCAUGGGCCGUGAAGAUGACGACGUCAAGGUCGACAAUGUUAUUUGCCGCACUCCUGCCAGAAACGCCCAGAAUCUCGAUGCCGUUAAGAACGAGAUUCUGGAGAUGGUUGACAGGGCCGACUCCGAGUACACCUCCCAGAUUGUCAACGUUGACCGCCUGUACCACCGUCAGCUCCUCGCUCGCCUCAACGAGAUUGACGAGCUCGAGGGCAAGUACAACUGCAAGAUUGUCUUCCCCAGCACUGAGCAGGCCAGCGAUGAGGUCACUGUUACUGGUCCACAAUGGCAGGUACCUCAUUGCGUGGAUGAAUUCUUGGGCAUGGUUCCUGACAACCACGAGUUGGUUCUCACCCGUACCCCCGAGUUGAUCAAAUUCCUCGAGUCGCCAAGCUUCGCUCACGACCUUGUUCCGAAGCUGAAGACCCAGUACGAAGUCGAGGUCACGGUCCACCAAGAUGCCGACUCCGAGGAGGGCUUGCCGGCUCUUGCUCUGCGCUGGACUUUCACUCGCAACAAUGCUGGCGGCCUGAGAGAUGCAAUCGAUUUCUUGCUUGCUCAGUUUGCCACUGCCGGCGUCGAGGUGACCAUCUUGAAGGGCUCCAUCCCCCGACCUAAGUCCGACUCGUUCGAGGAUUCGCUUCAGUACUUUGACUCGAAGCUUCUCCAGCAUGCCCCGGCCACGAUUGCCGCCGAUUCCCCCACCAAGGUCGCCUUUGAGGGUGAGGUUGCUCGCGAGCGAAGCACCAUCUUUGAUCGCCUCCGUAAGCCUGGCAGCAUGACCUCCAUUUCGUCUUUCCUUGAUCGCCGAAAGAACAGCUCCCACUCGACCAACGGCAACUUCUUCAAGGGAUCCAGCAAUGUUUCCAAGUCUUCCCUCAUUUCGAUCGAGUCCACCCGCAGCUUCAAUGCGGACAGAAACCCCUGGAAUGAUAGCGGCGUCAAUCUUCCAGACGACGACAACCCUUGGGCACACCGCCCUAUGGGGAAUGGUUCCGACAAACUGAACAUUCCCCAACCUGGUGACGUUACGCCACGUCACAGCACUCGAGCGUCCGGUGACAGCGGACGCCCUUCUACGUCUCAUUCUACGAAUUCUGGAUACCCCGGUCCCAUCGGACCUUUCCGUUAG